CAGAGAUAUAUAGGGUGCAGGUUUUCGGCAUGUUUUGAUAACCUCAUGUGAUUACCUGGUUCUGAGUAAUUCCAGAUAUUGAUCUUCAUCACCUGCCCAAGAUUGGGUGGUUGAAUGUGGAUCAUCAAUUCUAUGUCGAAAUAUCCACUGAUGAGGUCAAUGCCGGGAUGACCAGUUGUACGGGUCCGGAGAAACCCAGCUCUAUGCCAUGGAGCAGUAAACAUGUCUUCAAUGUUCGCGACUCUACCACUAUCACAUUGAAAGUUUUUGUUCAUCGCCAACUUCAUAAUGACCAAUACAUUGGUAUGGUCCAAGGGUGUGUCGAGGAAUUUUUGACGUACCCUGGCACUAUUCUUGAACAACUGCAGUGUAUGAACCCCCAAGGCAAGAAAGAACUUCUCAAGGCAAGCUUGGAGUUCAAGAUUGCCCCCAUUGUGCGCACUGGGAGACCUGCUCGUGAAUCCCAGCGUACCGAAACUGGUCACAGAGAAGGUAUCUGGAAGAGGCCCACAACGAGUCAUGGCCAUGGGGAUGCUAUCAGAAAUCCAUUCCCCCCGGCAGUGCAAAUCUUCGACGUAGACCUGCACCAUCUUCCACGAAUUCAUUUGUUUUCGAUUUACGACAGCUUCUAUGUCCAUGCUUCCGUAGAUGGCCAUGACCACAUGUCCACCACUGCUGAGAAACCGCAUUCCUUGCCAUGGACGACUGAGCUUAAACUUAAUGUACAGGCGUCAUCUAUAGUUUCCCUCAAAGUCUUCGCAAAACGUCGCCUCCAUGGAGACCAGUACAUCGGUAUGGUAGAAGAAGGUGUCGAGACCCUUCUCGCUCAUUCCAGAACUAAAAUCUACCAGCUCGUGUCUUUUGACCCUCAUGGUAACAAACGUCUUCUUUGUGCUAGCUUGGAAUUCAAGAUCGCGCCUCUUCAUAAUGCAAUCGAGCAUAGCACCACUCAGGGUGCUGAGGGUCAGCUCGCCCGGACAAUCAGUCCCUUUGAAGACACAUCACCCAUGCUGAAUACUGGGGCAUACAGUUCAAAUGAACUAUUGAAGCAGUCUACAGAGCAGGUCGUCGGCGUCGUCGUCUCAGAAAUCCUUACGCCACUCUUGGAUAAGAUCAACAUUUUCGUUCAGAUUGCUAGCAAGUUCGCUGAGGCCCAUCCUUACACGAAAAUGGCGUUCAUGGUUCUCACUGCAGUAUACCAGGUAGUGGAUGCGCAAUUUGCCCGAGACCGAAGUAUUCAUCGGCUCAUUACCGUUAUGCACGAGACCUACAGCCUUGUCUCUGGCGUAGAGGAACUGAAAAGGGUAGAAUCACAGGAAAAGACUAUCAACUCUCUCGCUCGCCAGACGAUUGAGUGCUCGUACUUUAUCCGAGACUACCUGCAGAACAGCAGCGGAUGGAAACAAAGCUUUUCGAACGCAUUGUCCAACAUCGAUGAUAAGAUUCGAACAUACGAAGCGACAUUCAAAGAACUCAAAAAUGCUAUACAACAACAGGCCGCGAUUCACACGGAACUCUACGUCUUUCGUGUCCAUGAUCUGUUGGUUGACCAUGCCACGAAAACAGACCUUGAUGGCAUGCACUAUGCUUUUGGCGCUUCGAUCGAUUCACAGAAGAUUGGGAACGCGCCCCCACGAACCGAUAUCGUGGAGUCGAUAACUUCAUGGGUUAAUCAAGACAAUGGACAGCAGAUUUACCUGUUGCUAGGCCCUAAGGGGUCCGGGAAAUCCACUAUCGCACAUACCAUUGCACACCAAUUCGACGCCAUUUUGCGUCUCGGUUCGUCAUACUGCUUUUCGCGUGCCGACCGGGACAAGCGAAAUGCCACGAAUUUGUUCAGCACGAUUGCACGGGACCUUGCUGAUCACGACCCUCAAUAUAUGAAGGCUCUUUGGGGUGCCGUGAAAGACAAGCGUGCAUCACGUCAAACAAUCAACCCACUAAUUCAAUUCGAUCGCUUCAUCCUUACUCCUGCGAGGCAAAUGACAUGCAUCGGCCCUGUGCUGGUGGUCAUCGAUGGGUUGGAAUACAGUGGUAGCGAGUUAGCUCGUAAAGACCUCCUGACUGCGCUCGCAGAGAAAGCAGCGGACCUCCCCCGUAAUUUCAAGUUCCUACUCACUUGCCGACCAGAAGACGACAUUUGCACCGCUUUCGAAGGAAAAUCGCACGUUAUAAUGGAGCAUUUGAAACAUCACACCGACUCACUCUUUCAAGAGUCAGGUCCGCCACCGACUUCAGGAGAAAACAAGACAAGCAGACCUAAGUUUCGCCCUCCUACACCUCCUCUGUCUAUCCCUGAGUAUACGGGAUACAAUCUGUCACCUGGGACUGGCUCGUCCAUUGUCAUGAGUAACUCCACUCCAAUAUCGGAUAACUCGGGUUCAGGUUCAGCAGUCUCCACUGUGUUUGAUACCUGGGGAGACCGCUGUGAUUCUACAGAAUCCCCUCCUUCGAGUGCCAGCUCCAUUGACGAGGAGCCACAACCUUCGAAGAAGAAGCUCGUUGUACAAUUCACACGCAGGAGUCAAGAGUUUAUUACUGAAGAGCACAUCUCCGAAACUGGUGGCCGUACCAUCAGAAAAACCAGUUUGGAGACGCUCGAGAGCUGGAUCGUCGAGCAGCAUGAUCGUCCCCAAAGCGGUCUGUUACUCAAAGAACUAGGAAUUGUCGCAGCAGAACCGGCGAAUGAUUUACCGCCAAUGAGUGGAUUAUCGGGUCGUUUGGGGAAACGACCACUGCAUCCUCGCCAGAAACAGGUCCGGGCAAAGACUCUUAUCCGUCACUCCACGAAUGUGGAUGGUGCGGAAAUAUUGGGUCGGGACGACGACCUCGAAUGUCGAUGAUACCGGCGUGUUAUCAUCCACAGUACUAGUCGUAUACGUACAGCUGGUAUUGGGUUUUCGUACUUUUCGGGGGCGAACUUAGCCUAGCUGAAAGUACAAUUUCUACGGCCCAAGCUGCUUUUUGACAAGAAAUGGAAAGUUGUGUAUCCACUUUGUACACUAAUUAUGUUGUAAUUCUGCCUCACCUUGACUGUACCAGUGGUCGUUCAAUCAUUGCAUGGAGGGCUCGCACAGCAUCAUCUGCGGUGAGAGUUCGCCGAGGUUAGUAGAGUGUGAUGAUAUUUCUGUUCCUACUGCGCACGUUCCAGUCUCCCGCAGUCAGACUUGACAGAAGAAAGACUG